AUGUCUUCUGGAGUGUUAGUCAAUUCUGAAUGUCAGAACGCUUUUCAACAACUUUCUGAAGGAAGAAAUAAAUUGCGUUACAUAAUUUACAAGAUUGAGGAGAAGGAAGUAAUUGUUGAAGCCUCUGUUUCCCCGGAAGAGUUGGGGAUCACUGGUGAAGACUAUGAUGAAAAUUCUAAGGGAGCAUAUGAAAAGUUUGUGAAGGACUUGAAAGAUCGUACUAAUGGUCUUACUGAUUGCCGCUACGCCGUUUUUGACUUCAAGUUCACUUGUAAUCGACCUGGCGCUGGCAAUUCGAAAAUGGACAAGCUUGUAUUUAUUCAGCUUUGCCCCGAUGGAGCUCCCAUUAAAAAGAAGAUGGUGUACGCCUCUUCAGCUUCAGCGAUCAAGCAGUGUCUAGGUACCGCCAAAAUUCUGCAGUUCCAGGUGUCGGAUGAAUCAGAAAUGGCUCAUAAAGAGCUGUUGAACAAGUUGAAUGAGAAGUAUCGUGAUAAUUGA